AUGGACAAGAUCGUUGCGCAAUACUCGCGCUCGGCCCAUCAGAAUGAGUUCUACUCGGAGCAAGAGCAACAGGACCUCACAGAGAGCCUUCCUCCGCUAUCUCUCAAGUUCGCUCUCCCUCCUGUCGACAAUUCCUCCGCUUUCCUCCGUGCUAUGACCGAUGACCACGCCAACCCCAGCUGCCCGAUCAAGCUCGCUCACGGAACAACAACCCUGGCCUUCCGAUUCCAGGGCGGCAUCAUCGUGUGCACCGACUCCCGAGCAACGGCCGGAAACUGGAUUGCUAGUCAGACUGUGAAGAAGGUUAUCCCCGUGUCGCGGUUGAGCCGUGGCGAGGACAAGGCCACAAAUGACCCUACACCGGGUCUUCUUGGGACGAUGGCCGGUGGUGCGGCGGAUUGCCAAUAUUGGUUGCGAUAUUUGAGUCAGCAGUGCACUCUGCAUGAAAUCCGACACAAGCGCCGAAUCACAGUCGCAGCUGCAUCUAAGAUCCUCGCCAACCUGACCUACGCGUACAAGGGCUACGGCCUGAGCAUGGGAACCAUGCUUGCAGGAGUAACCCCUCAAGAAGGCCCCGCGCUCUAUUACAUCGACUCAGACGGCACUCGCCUCCCGGGCAACCUGUUCUGUGUCGGCUCCGGUCAAACAUUUGCCUACGGUGUGCUUGACGCCAACUACCGGUAUGACUUGAGCGAGCAGGAGGCGCUGGACCUGGGCCGACGCGCCAUUCUGGCUGCCAUGCACCGUGACGCAUACUCCGGUGGUUUCAUCAACUGCUACCACGUCAAGGAGGAGGGCUGGGUGCACCACGGCUUUGACGACAUGAACCCCAUUUUCUGGAAGACAAAGCUGGACCGUGGCGAGUUCUCCAAUGUUACGUCAGAGUUGUAG